AUGACGCUGCAAACUUCACCGGGGAAUCAUUUUAUCUGCCGACAGAACUGUAUAAAAGUGACCAAUCUCGCUCACCACCAAUAAACCAUAGCUUUCUUCUUGCAGUGAAGACAGUGUCAGCAAAAACCUCAAGAUGUUUCGUUUGAUGCUGUGCGUUUCCUCCUUGUUCUUCCUGGCGCUGUCUCUCUCUCACGGUCGGGAAAUCGCCUCCAACCUUCACGGUAUAGCUUUCGCUGCAGUCACCACUGAAAAUGCCAGCCGUGCCGCGCAAUGGUACUCGGAUAUGCUCGGAGCAAAACACUUGACUGAUCUUUCCUUUUCCUUCUACGGAGACGAACAUUACAACAGAUUUUUCCAGAAGGAGAUCCUUCAAGCUCGCUCGUUAGGUGUCGACCCGGACACUCUCGGUGUUCCUGACAUCAGCGAUGCUGGGAACUACGAGGUCCGCGGGGAGUUUGUCCUCUUCGACAACGGUCUGGUCCAACUGAUUGAGUUCGCUCGCAGAGACACCCCAGAACACAUCACCUACCCCAAGUAUAUCCGCCUCACGGGGCCCGGCGUGCUGAGAGCCGCUCAGAUCUGUCUCUGGGUCAAGGAUGACGUGGAUUUUAAUCAGUUUGUGGAUGAGCUGGAGAGAAAGUCGGUAGCCGGGGGUUACGACAAAGUCAUUUUCAACAGGAAGGUCGAGGAGCCAAACGAAGAAGCCGCGAGGAAUGCUUCUGUUGCUGAUAAAGGAAUUACAUUGGAUUCUGGGAACUUUGCCGGCCUAAGCUUUGCCUACAUGAAGGGACCUAGCGGAGAGCAACUGGAGCUAUAUAAGAUGGUGAACGAGACCCGGUACUAUUUCGGCAAGGAGUACUGCAAGAGGAAAGGAGUGACCACUGCCUUCCUGAAGAACUACCGAGACAACGACUACAAGAAGAGGGCGGGUCUCACUGGUCAGAUGUGGGGGCUCGUGCAGUUUGGAACCCGCACCGACGACAUGUACGGCUCUGUCAACUUCUACUCAAAUGUCCUGGGCAGCCAGAUGAUGGAGUACCCCAUGCAAGCCAUCGAUCUCCACGGGGAUAUAUUUAUGAACAUGCUGUACCAGAAAGAGACACUGGAGGCCAAGAGGCUCGGGGUUCUACCACGUGACUUCGGCAUUCUGGACGUGUCCACAGACAGCGGCAACCGCAUCGAUUACAGAUUUAACUUGUUCGACAACUACCACGUAGAAACACUGCCAAUCGUGUCGUGGAUGUACAUACUCUUGGCGAGCACGUAGACCUUGAGGACUACAGUCGACCUUUCACCUCGGGAAACCUGGAAGGUUACAACUAUGUGCACAUGAAGGGCCGCACCGGCGAGCACAUGAUGUUUGUCCAGUUCCGUGGAGCAAUGGGCGAGAAGAUCAAGAAAGCCAUGUUGGAGUACGGUGCCGUCAGCACAGCCUGGAGAGAGACGAACCCCUGGACGUACGGCGGAUAUGACGAGUUCUGCAGCAAAUACCCAGCCCCUGGAGCACAGACGUGUAAUCCGUGAUUUAUGAAUAUUUAUUACCUCAUCCUGAGACCUAAACAAUAUAUGGAUAAAUAAACUACACUUAAUUAGUCCCCUCAGAAGAAAUUUGUGUUACAAUGGCAAACAUGUAUGCAUAAAUGCAUAAUUCAACACACAAAUACAGACACAAAGAAUAUCAAAUACACAAUAUUGCAGCAAUGGGGAAUAAUUUAUAGGUAUGCCAUUGUUGGUUGCCAUUGUGCUGCGCCCUCGUUUUCUAGCUAAGGUUAUCGUGCCUUGCUCAAGGACACACCCCAGUCACCACACAUCCAAACUCUGUGUUAGCAACACUUUCUCGACAAUAAUUUUGAGUCUGACUCACGACUCAACCUGUCACUGGAGCCCCUGAAAUAGUAGAAUGUAGGAUGUAAACAGUAUAAUAAGUAUACGCUUUUGAAUAUUUGGUAGAGCCACCAACUGAAUUUAAGCAGUACAUGUAUGAGCGUACUGAAUAUUUCUAAUGAAUGGGAAUGAUAGAUAAUACUAUUAUAAUUCUUUUUAUGAGAACAGUUUUGAAAUGCUUCCUUUAAGAUGAGCUUCUGCUUGUAAUAAAAAUGAAAAUAAAUGACAGUAAGAUGCCUUCACUGUAUGUAAAAUUUUGCUUUGUAACUGGAGUUGAUCAAAUUUCCUGUAAAUUAUUCUUGACGAUGAAAUGUUUCAAAUUCUCCUUUCAAACAAAGCUAUCAUGUUGAGAGAUACUUCAGCAAUCCACACUUUGUUCUAGUUUUUAAUCGACAUGUUGUGUCUAUGCCUUGAGAGGACUGAACAUAAUACUGUAGUGAGGAGGGGAGAUAAUCUGUGAUAAAAACAAGAGCUUUCUUAAAGAGUUUGAGUUAAAUAAAACCGGUGUGCGCGAUCUCGAGGGGGUGUGGGUGGGGGUAAGAGGAAGCUGCGCAAGCAGAAGGUGAAAACAUUGACAACGAGCCACUUAAGAGCAGCCAUCGUUUUUCUGUCUCAGAAUAAUUUGUAUAUUUUCUUAUUGCAUUGUCUGUCUAGUCUAUACUACAUGUCCCCAUUUCAAUGCAGUUGUCUGUUCGUGAGUAGACUGUCUGUGAAGAAUAUUACAAUAAAUAGCAUUAUGUCUUUA